AUGGCUGGCGAAGAGGUUCCGGGCACGGUUAAGAGACCUGCCGAGCUCUACGAAACUCCGGAUGCCAAGAAGGCGAAGACUGAUGGUGAACCCAAGAUAAAUCCUCUCACAGAGAGGGAGUACUCAGAUAGAUACUAUGAGAUCUUGGAGAAGCGUCAGAAGCUCCCGGCAUGGGAAGCGAGGAAAGAGUUCCUCAAGCUCAUCAAGCGCAACCAGACUGUCGUACUGGUGGGGGAGACCGGCUCCGGAAAGACUACACAGCUGCCGCAGUUCCUCCUCGAGGCUGGCUACCACAUGCAGGGAGACAAAUCCAAAGGUAUUGCCUGCACACAGCCUCGGAGAGUGGCUGCGAUGAGUGUAGCCCAAAGAGUAGCUGAUGAGCUAGACACGUUCCUUGGAGCGCACGUUGGCUACCUUAUCCGGUUCGAGGACAAGACCUCCCCAGAGACGAUCCUAAAGUUCCUGACAGAUGGCAUGCUGCUGAGAGAAGCCAUGACAGAUCCGCUGCUCACGAAGUACAGCGUAAUCAUCCUGGAUGAAGCUCACGAACGAACUCUCGCAACAGACGUUCUAUUUGGGCUUAUCAAAGAGGUUAUGAAGCGGAGACCAGAUCUCAAGUUGGUGGUCAUGUCGGCAACGAUGGAUGCUCAGAAGAUGCAGGGAUAUUUCGACAAUGCUCCCCUGCUCAACAUCCCUGGCCGGACACAUCCCGUGGAGAUCUUCUAUACCUCCGAGCCAGAGAGA